GGAGCUGUCUCCGUUACGCGUGGUGCUGAAAGGGCCACUCACCGCAUCAUGUGGUCGGUCUUCUUUGUCUUUCUGUCUUAUCUGGACAGAAACUUCGUCAAGGGCGACUUCCUGAGCCUCGCUCUGGACGCAGAGAAGGAGAGCAAAGAAAUGUUCUCCAUGCUCAAUGGCACGUUUUGCGCAAAAAUGUCAACCGUCGGGGAGAAUUUCCUCUACCAGGUGUCAGACGGUGCCGAGGUGGUGCGCUCCGUCGUCAGCCCCGCCGGGAAGCUCGUUAACUGCUCUGUCAUCGUGAACCAGAUGCAGGUGAAAUCCUUCAUGCAUGAGUGCAGGUUGGGACUGAAAGAGCAGAGAGCCGGGCGGCAACUGGAGACGCGUUUUGCGCGCAUGUAUGAAGCAAAGCUGAUGUGCCGGGAGUUUAAAGAGAAGUUGGUUCGCAGCGGCAGGGUGAAAGGGGACGAAAGUGAUGACUCUGCGCUCCAGGACAAGGUUGUAAAAAGAUCAAAGAGAGGUUUUACCUAUCCUGGGACCCUGUGGUGCGGAGCUGGAAACAUGGCUGAUAAUUAUAACCAGCUAGGAGAAUUUGCGGAUACCGACAGCUGCUGCCGGACCCAUGACCACUGCCCUCAUGUCAUCCACGCCUUCUCCUCAAAUUAUGGCCACACAAACUUCAAGUGGCACUCCAUCUGCCACUGUGACUGUGAUAAUACGUUGAAAGAUUGUCUGAGGAAAGUGAACGACACAUCUUCCAGGGUGGUUGGUCAGGCGUUCUUCAAUGUCAUCGGUGUGCCUUGUUUUGAACUUGUCUAUGAAGAACAGUGUGCAGAGCGGCACUGGUACGGCAUGUGUAAACGAUAUGAGAAGCUUCCCAUUGCUGUGCUGAAGGAGGCGGUCCCGUAUGACUUUGGUGGUAUUGACGUCAUCGAUGAGCUGACAUUGGCUCCUCCCAAGAGGACGGAUUCCAAGGAAAGCGAGGAGGAAGAGAAACCGGAGAGUGCAACACAGUCUACAAUGUCAGGCCUUGAAGAGCCUUCUCUCAGAAAUGUUGUCACCGCUGCUGAGGACUUCAUCAAGGUCCUCGCAACUGUCUCCACCUCCCAAAGCUCCACCACCGACUCUGACAAAGGCGAGACACAAAGCUCAGAGAAGAAGAGGAGGAAGAACACAGGAAAGAAGAAGAAAACCACCAAAAAACAAAAAGGAAAAGGAAAGGGGAGAAAGAGAAAGCAGAAAGCAGAGACAGUCGUUAAAUUAGAGGAGGGAGCAGCAGUUUCGACCUCUGGCAGCAAAGCAGAAGACGUCAAGGCUUUAAGUAACUUCAUAAGUCACUCACACAAACAGGACCAGCCAAGUAGAAACACAAAUAGAGUCGGUGACACUGAACAUGAGAUCGGAGGAAAAGAAGAGCCCUCGAAUGAAGUCAUGAAAGAUGAACCAGCGAUGGAUAAGGAGUCUGUUUCCAUUACAUCGCCUACAACUGUCCAGAAGAAACCAGCAGAAGAAAGCGCUCUUUCUACCCAAACAAGCACAACAACUGUUGUUCCACACAAAGCAAAAACCAGAAGAAAGGGGAGGAGAAAGAAGAACAAGAAAAUUCCUCUUUCUUCUUCUGAGGAGCUUGUAACAAACACAACAGACAACAUUAGAGCCAUUUCUGUCACUGCCAUCAUUACCAUAAGCCCAGCAGCACAGCCUGAGCAACAAAGCUUUGGGAGCAACGUUGAAAAGCGACCUGUCGUCAGCACUGCCACGACCCCCAUUGUAAUCCCCAAAGUCAAAAGGAACAGGUCAAAGGAGAGAGGAGACAGAGAAGGGAGGAAAAAAAAGAGGAAAGACGGCUCAGCUUCUCCUAUUGUGGCCACUACCCAUGAAAAUUCCUCUGCGGACAAUCUGAAAGUGAUCCCUCUUGCUGGGUCUCCCACCGUACGAUCGGUGGCUGCUGCAGAACGGCAGGUUUCACACAGGCUGGACAUUAGUGAAGGGAAGGCGACCGUCCAAGUUACAGCACUGAACUCCUCCUUUAGUGUUCUGAAAAGGCAAAAGUCACAAGUGAGAGGACUGAGAAGCAGAAGGAGGAAAACAGUUUCGCCUCUUUCAAGUGAAAACCCAGCUUUUGAAAAUGUGCUUCCCGUUCUUCCGAUUCCAGAGAUGAGUGAUGCACUGAACAGCCCCGCAACCACUGCUGCAAUUAUCAGCCCUACUGACAAAACAGGAACUCACAGUGAAUGGAGGCUUUUUACUACCAUCACAACAGCCCCUUCUAUCGUUACAAAGAGACACAGGCAGACAAUCAGACAGCAGAGAAAACCAAUAAAGAAAACUGUACCCGCUGCUCUCACUGCUGGAGCUUCUAUCCCUAAACAAACUGAACAAACACCAGUGGCAUUUACAACCACGCCAUCCAAAGAUGCCACUACUGAAGAGCUCAGUCGACAGAGAUCUGAUAAGCCCCGCAUGACUACCUCAGCUACUCCCGUCAUGAGUCCAAUUCAGUUAUCUAUUGAGAAAGCAAAAGCACAAUUUAGCAGGAAGAAGAGGAGGAAAGCAGCACUGUCUGUUAGACAACAAUGAGCCGUGUGGUGCAAGGAUAGCAGGAUAGGCUAAAAAAGAAAAGGCAACUUAGGUGGCUAGGCUAGUUCUUGUCAAUCAUAUAAACCUGCUUCAGAAUGAGUUAAAUACUACAUCAUAAUAUUUAUAUUAUGAGCUUUUCAGUUUCAGCGUUUAAAUCACAACAAUUGACAUAAAUCAUUUGAUUGUAAUGUGAGAAUCAUGUUUUGUAAUACUGCAUUCUGCAUGU